AUGAUUGCAAUUCUGAUUGAUCUUGAAACCUUUUAUGAUUGCGUCGAUUUGCAGCUCCUGGCGGAUAGAUUGUGUGAAGCCCAAUUCCCUCCUGUCGUGGGCGCACUGGCAUUGCAGGCGUAUGCAGGUGAGCGACACAUAGUCAGUGAAGAUGUCUUGAGCGAAGGCAUCAAGCCACAGAAGGGAAUUCCGGCUGGCUGUCCGCUGGCCAUCACCAUGGCACGGGUUUUCCUUGCACCGAUUUUGCGUGAGGCAUCAACGUGUGAGGGCCUAGCAGGGCUGGACACGUGGGUGGAUGAUAUAGGAGUGGAUUGCGCCCUAGGAAGAUUACGCCGUGUCACGCAUCAGAAGGCUAGAGUGGGCAAAGGCAAGAGAAGGCCCAGGGCUUACCACCGAGCCGUGUGCGCGGAUCGUGUUAGCGACCCGUGGGCAACUGUGGUCAUGCAGCAGGUGCAAGAAUGGUUCACAGCGCUAAGCCGAUGGGGGCCAGAGCAGGUCUCGGGUGGUCGCUACCGGGAGUCAUGGAAUGGCACAGGCCUGAGCCAAGAACUGUGUACAACCUGGAAGUAG